AUGAUGACUCUGAUGAUGAUCACGCUUAUUCAAAUAGAAAACCUUCUGGCUCACAAGUGCCUCUCAAGAAGAGAUUGGAUCCCACAGAAAGAGACAAUGACCGUAGUAGUCAGGGGAGGUCCUGGCAGUCGAUACUCCCCUGUAAAGAGAUCUCUCACUACGACUACUUCUAGUAGUCCAAGCCGGAGUGGAAGUGGGUCUCAUAGUGAUGAGGGAGAUUCAUUGGGGGAUGGUGGGAUGGCUGACAGUGGUGAUGAGAAGAUAUCCGAGUCCAAGACGCCAACAUUUGAGGAUAUUAGGGAAAUUGCGAAUCAAAGGUCAAAACUGGCAAAAUGGUUUAUGGAACCCUUUUUCGAUGAACUGAUUGUUGGUUGUUUCGUGAGGGUUGGAAUUGGGAAGUCGAGGAAGGGGCCUAUCUACAGACUCUGUAUGGUUCGCAAUGUUGAUGCCUCGGACCCUGUUAGGCAAUAUAAACUUGAUAAUGAAACCACAUACAAUUACCUGAAUGUGGUCUGGGGCAAUGAAAGCUCAGCUGCCAGGUGGCAGAUGGCAAUGAUUUCAGAUUCUCCGCCACUCAAGGAGUUUCAUCAAUGGGUUAGGGAGGUAGAACGCAGUGGUGAUCAUAUGCCUAGCAAACAGGAGGUGGUGGAAUAG